GGGGUUUCACCGUGUUUGCCAGGAUGGUCUCAAUCUCCUGACCUCAUGAUCCGCCUGCCUUGGCCUCCCAAAGUGCUGGGAUUACAGGCUUGAGCCACCGCGCCCAGACCAAGACAAGUUUUCUUUAGUUAAAACCUGAGAGGCGCCCCCAGCCGACUGUGGUCAGAAGCCCUUUCUCUUACAGACUGAGAGUGUGUAUUGGUGUUAGGGUGAGGGGCUCAUCAGAAGCUCGGAAUGUUUAUGUGUGUGGAGCAGCUCAUGGCAGGGUUGGAAGGACGGGAGGUUAUCUUGGGACAGACAUCUUGCCAGCCCGGAGGUGGGUUUUCUCAAAGCUGGUGUCUUCCCGGCCGGAGGAGGGUUAUCUCGGGCUGGCAUGUCUGGUGGGGGAGGAGUUUGGAGUGUUUCUGGUUGGAGAUGUUAUUUGUAGUUUGUGGUUGCACUGACUUUAGCCAUUAGGCUGAUGCCCUUUGGAUUUAGGCGGUUUUUGGUUAAGAUGACCUUUAGAAUGAGAGGCUUGUCCGAGAUGGUCAUGUUCCUGCUGUGUCACAGAGGAGGGCCAGCGCGAGGUGGCAGGCGGGUGCCCUGGGCUCCUGCGGGAAGAUGGCAGCUGCAGGGGGUCAGUUUAUCCAGCCACUGACUCAGCUUGCGGCUGCCAUCCUGGGCCCAGAGACAGCCAGGGGUGUCGUCUGCGAAUCACAGGGCCAGCCUGCCAGGGUGGAGACAGGCAGCCAAGGGGCGCGAGUGGAUUCGUCUGUGACUGAGGCUCUCCAGGGGUUCUCAGAGGCGCGGCUCUCAGCAUGAGCCCUGAAAGGAUGCCUCGGCUCCCAGUGCAGGCUCAGGGGGCCCUGGGGCCGGAAGAUUUAAGGAAAGAAGUCCCAGUUCACCGUGAGAGGAACUCUCAGGGCAGGGGAGCCUGCGGCGGCUGAGACUGGGGAUGGGUGGGUCCAGGUGGAGCUUUCAGGCUGUGAUAAAAAGGCUGGUUUCUCCCUUCAGGCCCCUGGUGCACCUGGGGCAGGGAGAGUGGGCUGCGGGGAGGCCACACCAGCUCAGGCACCAGGGGUUGCCAGCCCUGGGGGAGGCGAGGUGUUUGCGUGGAGACUCGCCUCUGUGGGGCAUGGGUAGGGGAGCCGAGGGUCUGCUCUGGUGUGGUCUCUGCAGGGUCCUGGAGGAGGGCGUGCCAGUGGCCGUGACAGAAGGGCCCGGGUGGCGGGAACUUGCCACCCCGGAGUGGGUCCAGUUCACCAUGUUCUGCAGGGAGCAGCGGUGCCAGGCUCAGCCCUGCCCCCCACUUGCCUUUUAUGUUCUGCAGCUUUUGCGGGGCCCCCAGAUCCUCUGCAUGGGAACAGCUUGUACCAGAAGGUUCGGGCGGCCGCGCAGGACUUGGGGAGCACCCUGUUCUCGGACACCGUGUUGCCACUGGCUCCCUCCCAGCCUCUGGGGAACCCGCCUGCCACAGGCAUGGGCUCCCAGGCCAGGCCGCACAGCACCCUCCAGGGUUUUGGCUACAGCAAGGAACAUGGCCGCACGGGUGCAGGCUCGGCAGGCGAAGCCUUCCUCUCCACCAUCCAGAAGGCCGCAGAGGUGGUGGCCAGCGCCAUGCGCCCCGGGCCCGAGAGUCCCAGUACCCAGAGGCUCCUGCCGCGGGGUGACACCUACCAGCCUGCCACGAUGCCUUCAGCCAGCCACGGUCCCCCAACCCUGGGGAACCCACUCCCCGGGGCUAUUCCAGGUCCCCGAGGUAUCGAGGCGAGGGCUCCUCCCCUUGGGGUCUGGGUCACUCCUUCCUGUCACCGCUGGGGCUUUGCAGCCAUGGAGGCAAAUCCCAGGGCCUCCCACACAGCAGAAGGGGACGGGACCCGAGGUGGAAGCAGAUGCCCACUGGGGCUGGUGUUUGCUGAAGCUGGAGCCAAGGUGGCCACCCAUCCUCAGCUCAGGACUCAGGGCCCCGGGAGGUGGGCAUGGGGCUGGCCUGAAGCCCUGGGGAUCUCACGGGCCAUCCUGUUUCCUCCAGCCGUGAGGCAUCAGCCUGGGCAGGCCGGAGGGGGCUGGGACGAGCUGGACAGCAGCCCCAGCUCUCAGAAUUCCUCCCAGAACAGUGACCUGAGCAGGGUCUCAGACUCGGGCAGUCAUUCCGGCAGCGACAGCCAUUCAGGGGCCAGCCGGGAGCCAGGCGACCUGCCAGAAAGGGUUGAGGUGGUGGCCCUGAGUGACUGUCAGCAGGAGCUGAGCUUGGUGAGGACUGUGACUCGGGGACCACGCGCCUUCCUGAGCCGCGAGGAGGCACAGCACUUCAUCAAAGCGUGUGGACUGCUCAACUGUGAGGCUGUGCUACAGCUGCUGACCUGCCACCUGCGUGGGACCAGUGAGUGCACGCAACUGAGGGCCCUGUGUGCCAUCGCCUCCCUGGGGAGCGCCGACCUCCUUCCCCAGGAGCACAUCCUCCUCCGCACCCGGCCGCGGCUGCAGGAGCUCAGCAUGGGCAGCCCGGGACCUGUGACCAACAAGGCCACCAAGAUCCUGAGGCACUUUGAGGCCUCCUGUGGGCAGCUGUCCCCUGCCCGGGGCACCUCAGCCGAGCCUGGCCCCACAGCCGCCCUCCCAGGUCCAUCUGACCUGCUGACCGAUGCUGUGCCUCUUGCUGGGAGCCAACUCUUCCUCCAGCCUCUGAGUUCAACCGCAGUCUCAUGCCAGAGCCCUGUUCCCUCAUCUGGGAUGCCGCCCAGCCCUGUGCCCACCCCACCCCCGGAUGCCUCCCCCAUUCCAGCCUGCGGAGACCCCAGCAAGGCCAAGGCCAGACUGGCAGAAAGCAGGGGGUGGGGACCUGAACAGGUCCUAGGGGGCACAGACAGCCCAAAAAGAGGCCCCAGCAACUGUGCGUGGAGCCGCGACUCCUUGUUUGCUGGUAUGGAGCUGGUGGCCUGCCCCCGCCUGGUAGGGGCCGGGGCUGCUGCAGGAGAGUCCUGCCUUGAUGCUCCCCGAGCCCCCCAAACAUCGUCCCAGAGGACAGCAGUCAAAGAGCCUCCUGGCUCAGAGCCGUCAGCUUUCGCGUUCCUGAAUGCCUGACCCGAUGGCCUGGCCCUGGAGUCGUCAGCUUCAGUUGCUGCCUGGGGGGCUCUGUGCUUCCUGAGCAGCCUCAACCGCAGCUGCUACAGUCUCCAGGCAACUUGACCUGAGAGGAGGACCCUAGGGCUACCUCAGUUUCCCCCAUCUCCUCUGCCAGAGGCUCUGGCUAUUUGGACUUGAAUCCCUACAAGGGAUAGGCAGGUGGCAGGGCCUCAGAAGUGUUGAUCUCAGGGGUCCCAGGGGGCAGCCCCUGCUUGUCUUGCCCUCAGACAUGAGAUUUCUUGUGUGAAUACGGAAGCGACUACCAGGUUCUUUAUUUCAUUUUGAUCUCAGCUCCCUCCUUCCCCAGGAGGUCAUGAGUAGCAAGCCACCGCCUCCCCAUCCCUUCGGGGUGGGCUGGGGGCUGAGGCUGGGUUUGGUGCACGUGGGUUGAGGGUGUCUUGUCCGGGCUGCCUUGUGCUGUCUGGUCUUUGACCGUUUCAAGUUUCAGAUCCCCACGUGGACUUUCCCUAGCUCUCCCCUGCUCCUUCAUGGUGUAAUUGCUUCCUGCACACGAAGCCUCUGAUUGGAGCCUCUGGUCAUCUCAGAAGAACCUUCCGAGAGCGCUGGGGUUUAUGCGUUCUGAAUAAACACUACUGUUUACACGAA